GACUCAUUCGGCACAUUUCUAAGAGAAAUAACAGUUCGUCUCUCGGUUUAGGAUUUACAAGGCUUUCAAGACCCUCUCCAGAAUGACAAACUCCCUGAAUGGAUACCUAGAUAUCAGAACAGACUCUCCCUUUCCCCUAUGGCGGCUCACUGCAAGUGAUUCUGGGUGUCUUCACGCUGUACUUGUGUCACUCUGGCGACUGCAAGCAAAAUACACAUCAACCUCACUAUGGAGACUCAUUACAGUGAUUUUAGGAAGUUUCUGCCUUGUGCUCCUGGCAACAACAUGUGUCUUGACUACUCAGGUGCUCCAAGGAGCUUCUUCAAACAUCACCACCAACCAGACAGGACAUCACUGCAGUCCUUGUCCAGAGAACUGGAUCUUAUGUAGAAACAAUGCUACCUCUUUUCUAAAGAAAAAAGAAUGUGGAAUGAAAGUCAGCUAUCUGUCGAUCUCAUAAUUCCGGUCUCCUGAAGAUAGAGAACAAGGGAGAACUGGUAAGCUCCUUUCAUUCUCUAAUUUGGUGACCCUCGUGGUGACAGGUAUAACACUGGUCAUGUUUGUCCCGGUUAAUGAGUACGACUGACAAUAACCCCGACGUGUCUCUGUUCAAUGAUGUGGUCAUGAGGAAUCUCGUUGCAUCUCAUCCUGUGGAGGCUCGUUAGACUCUGUCCCAAUCAGGCCCAACCACCCAACCCUUCUCUACCCAGUCACAGCCUGAUCUGAUCGGCAGUGAGAUAGGAUGGAACUGAAGCUGCAGGGA